CCCUCCCGCUGGAGCUCGCUGCCUCUCGCCCCGAUCCGCGUCUCUUUCUCGGUGUGUGCUGUGAGAUUCGACCGGAGGCAGAAUGGACGUUGUAAAUCAGCUGGUGGCCCAGGGUCAGUUCAGAGUCAUCAAAGUCCCUCUGGGCUUCAUCAAGGUCCUGGAAUGGUUUUUUGCAAUUUUUGCCUUCUCCACUUGCGGCAGUUACUCGGGUAUGUUUCGGAUGGCCGUGGAGUGUAAAAACCGCACAGACAGCGACUUGAGCAUCGAGGUGGAGUUUGAGUAUCCAUUCAGACUGCACCAGGUGUACUUUGACGCCCCCACCUGUCAGGGAGGGAACACAGAGCGGUAUUUCCUGGUGGGAGAUUAUUCCUCUUCAGCUGAGUUCUUCGUGACGAUUGGAGUGUUUGCAUUCCUCUAUGCCUCUGCUGCUCUCAGCGUCUAUGUUUUCUUCUAUGAAAAGUAUAAGGAGAACAACAAAGGACCCCUCAUUGACCUUGGUGUGACCGCGUUCUUUGCCUUCAUGUGGCUGGUGUCCUCUGCUGCCUGGGCGAAGGGUCUGUCUGAUGUGAAAACAGCCACAGACCCAGAGAAGGUGGUGACUCUGAUCCAGGCCUGUGACAGUGAAGCCAACCGCUGCAAAGAGGUGCACGACCCAGUCAUGUCCGGACUCAACACUUCUGUGGCCUUUGGCUUCAUAAACCUGGUGUUGUGGGCUGGAAACCUGUGGUUUGUCUUUAAGGAGACUGGAAUCAUUGCCCCAUUCAUGAGAGCUCCUCCUCCUCAGACCAAACCUGCUGCAGAUGCAUACGGCCAACAGGGGGCAUAUGAGCAGGACCCCUAUGCCUCAGGGCAAGGGGGAUACCAGCCUGACUACAACCAGCAGGGAUACAACCAGGAUGCAGAGUACGGACAGGGUUAUGGCCAACAGGCGGCGCCCACCUCAUUCUCCAAUCAGAUGUGAGCCUAAAAUUCACACAGACAGAAAGCAUUGGAGUGAAGAAUCACCACUGGGCUGCAGCCUGCUCCGCUCCUCUAUGUUCUGUCUGUCGCUAAGGGUUUGGGGUUAUGGAGGGUGGGGUUGGGUGGGGUUUGAGUGAGGGGGGGUGUUCAAAUUGGUGUGGGCAGGUUUGGGGAUUUUGCCUUGGGUGGGUGGGACCUUUAGAUGUUCACUAUAAUCAAUGUGUAAAUGACUAAAGCACCAAAAGUCCAGCCCAGUGUGUGUAUAGAUGAUAAUGUUAUUGAUAUGAAUUGUGGGCGAAUGUAUGUUUGUGACAGAUGUUCUAUAUUAUCUAAUAGAAGCGUUUAUUUCAAUAAACCACGCCCCGGGUUAUUCAAAUAAGGUGAAGUAGGUCAGACUGGGCUCACAAAGAGAAAAAGUGUCAGGAGCAGAGCUGGAGAGGCGUUGUUCACCAUUUGGAAAGGCCAUGUUGCUCAUUUCUAUCUUAAGUCAGAUAUUUCCAGAUUGAAAUGAUUUGGACACGUAGAGAAUUGAAAGACAACAUCUCAAUUGAAGGAUGUUGAAGAGAUAAAAUAGAAAAGACACCAGCUCUAAACCUACCAUUGUCUCAAACUGCUUCCUGUUUUUAUUGAUUUAUUCUUGUUUUAGAUAAGUCACGUGUGCUGCAUGUAAAUAUAAUAAGGAAGUGAUGUCAUUCAGCCCAAACUUGAGCCCAGUCUGAUUCUAACUUCCUGCUGGAUCCAAAAUGGCCGCCGGUUUCAAAGUUUCGCCCUGUCUCUGCUGUCUGUUACAUUCCUCUGAAGAGAUGUCCCGCUCAACAAUUAAAAAAUCUAUUUAUUUUAAGUUGUGCUAGCUUUAUAAUAUCACAUCAUCUUUAUUAAUAAAGAAUAAUAUCAUGUUCAAGUGCAAGUAUAACAAAAUUCACAGCCUGGAUUUAAAUCUACAAAAAGCUUCUUUGGAAGACUUCAACUCCCAUGAUGCACAUGAAAAAUUGAUUUUUUUAAAAAUUUAUUUAUUUUUUUUGAGUGCUUUAGGGGGGGAAAAAAUGAACUAUACCUCAUUAACAGUUCUUAAAUAUUUGACUUAAAAUGGGCUGAAUUUCUAAAUGGAGUAUAAAAGAUUUUAUAAGAUGGACAUAACCAUUUGAAACCAUCUUUAUGAAAGGAAGUUAUAUUUAUAUUUACAAAAUUGACAAGACAUUCAAAAAUAAUGUCAGUGUAAUUUAUUGCACUUUAAGUUGUAAAAUAUAUUUUAAAAGGGGUUUGUUGAGUGGGACGUCCCUGUUUCUGCCAAACCCAGUGUUGUGAUUGGUGGAGUCCUGGGCCAAUCAGCUUCCAGCUUGUGUGGUUGACGGUGGAUGGUUUUCGGGGAAGUGGUGCAUGGUGCUGUGUUUCUGCUCGUGUUGUAAAAUUUCAGAGUGUCAGUGAACCGCCCCCUCCCCUCUGAUUGAGAGAUGCAUCCUUAUUUAUUUUACUUUGAGUUAAAUAGUCUAAUUUUUUUUAUUUUUUUUAUUUUGCAAGGAGUAAUAUACAUUUUGAGAGUACAGAAAUCUAAAGAUACUAGGUUGUAAAGGGAAAUUAUUUAUUUGUCCAUCAUUAAAACGAUCAAUGAUUCAUGUUUUGUUAUUCUGGCUUUUUUUCCAAGUUCUUAGAUUUCUAAAGGAAGGAAAGAUGAUUUCAAAUUUAGUCCUGGAGAAGAAGCAAGAAAUAAGAAUGGACAAGAUUGCAAUAUUAAGAAUGUAGGAAUAGUUACCAGCAAGAAUGGAUGGUCAAAUCAAGUUCCUCUUUCUUUCCUUUACACUUUUGACAUGUGUGAUGUCAUUUCCUGUGUCUCCAUCUGUAACCAUGGUGAAAGUGUUUUGUUAUAGUUUUAUUUUCUCUGAUAUUUAUGAUGUCACUGAAUACUGCAGCUGAUUGGUUUGUGUGACAUGUUGCUAUGGAGACGCCCCGCCCCUCUUCCUCCUGCUGUGUUCAUUCAGUGGAACUUUCAAUAAACAACAAACU